AUGACUCAAGCAGGUACCACGGCUCUCGCCGCCGCCAUGAUGGGCGCCGGCUAUCUCUGCGCGCUCUGCGCCACACCACCGAACCCAUCCCCCGACCGUAAAGACCGUCACCAAACAGAUCGAAUUAGCUUCAUCGCAGGCUCGGGGGCCACGAUUGUCCGUCGCAUCGCCGUCACUGCCAUCACAUACCAUGCCCUCCUCACAGCGCUGCCGGUUUACGCGCCCCAGCGGAUGUCGCAGAUGUGCCCGCGACCGCAUAAUCUCAACCCAGAGUUGUUCUCGUGGAGUGUCCCCGCGAUCGCGGGCAUCUUGCUGAUAUGCCUCGGGGCAUACGUCCGGCUCGCUGCGUACGGCAAACUUAGUCGCAAUUUUACAUUUCACCUCGCAGCGCCGGAUCAGUUGGUCACGUCGGGUGUCUACGGCUGGAUGCAACAUCCGAGUUACACGGGGCUGGUUCUGAUUGGGUUUGGUGUCGCGUCGCUGUUUUGUCGAUGGGAUGCCGUGCCUGCUUGUUGGAUUUCCGAGACCACGCUGGCUCGAUGGUCUGGAUGGGGAUUGGGAGUCCUUGGGACUUAUAUCUCGGUCGCACUUUGUGUGCUGUUUACGAGGGUGAAGGAUGAGGAGGAGAUGCUGAAGGGGAAAUUUGGCAAGGAGUGGGAGCAAUGGCAUCGGUCGACAAAACGGUUUAUUCCGGGAAUUAUGUGA